AUGGAGAACUCUUCUUACAACAGCCUGACUCUGCAGCUCGAGGGGUUAAAGGUCACUAAGACCAGCAAGUACCCCGUCUUUAUCUGUCUGCUUAUCAUCUAUGUGUUCAUAUUCGUUGCCAACGUGGGCAUCUUGUUGUUGAUAUGGACGGACAGGAGCCUGCACCAGCCCAUGUACCUGCUCUUCUGUAACCUGUCCAUCAAUGACAUCAUGGGGAACUCUCUGCUGGUUCCCCGGGUGCUGUCAGACAUCCUGCGUCCUCCCUCCGAGCGCCUCAUCAGCUACUACGAGUGUCUGAUGCAGGCGUUCACCACGCACAUGUUCGGCACCAACGCCCACACCGUGCUCAUGAUCAUGGCCUUUGACAGAUACGUGGCCAUCUGUAAUCCUCUGCGUUACGCCGCCAUCAUGACCAACAAGAUGGUGGUCAAGCUGACUGUGUCUGCCUGGGGCGUGGCCUUUGUUCUGGUGGCCGUCCUGCUCAGUCUGACUGUCCGACUGAACCGAUGCAGGACAGUGAUCACGAAUCCUUACUGUGACAACGCCUCGCUGUUCAAACUCUCCUGUGAGAGUUCUUUUAUUAAUAACAUCUACGGCCUCACGUUCACCGUGGUCCUGCUCUCUUCUUCUAUCGGCAGCAUAGUUCUCACCUACGCUAAGAUCACAGCGGCGUGUGUGACCAGUAAGAGCAAGUCUCUGAACAGUAAGGCCCUGAAGACCUGCAGCACACACCUGUGUCUGUACCUAAUCAUGCUGGUCAGCGGUAUGAUCCUCAUCACCCUCCAUCGUUUCCCCGACUUAUCUGAGUACAGGAAGAUUGCAGCGCUCCUCUUUAACGUGGUGCCCGGCAGCCUGAACCCCGUCAUCUACGGCCUGCAGUCCCAGGAAAUACACAAGUGUUUUUCAACCUUAUUCCAACGUAAAAUAGUCAAGCCGUCUUUUUAA